UUGCUAGAAAGUUUCAGCCCGAAAAACAAAAGUAGCAGAAACCAACUCACUUUUAUUUUACGAUCCAUCUCCCAUUCUAUUAACGUCGAGACCAUCUUUAUUGUAGUCGUUCUAAUUCAUAUUUUACAUUCAAACAUUUUCACCAAGUGUUUGGUGGGAUUGUAUGUAUACUCACAAGAACACACAGAGAUUAAAAAUGGGAUUGAAAAGCAGAAGAGAAGUAGAGUCAGAGACAUGUUUGAGUGAAUCCUUAUUGUUUGCUACCAUGUGUUUAAUUGGACUCCCUGUUGAUGUUCAUGUCAGAGAUGGCUCUGUUUAUUCUGGUAUUUUCCACACUGCCUCUGUUGAUAAAGACUAUGCUAUUGUACUGAAGGAAGCAAAAUUGGCUAAGAAAGGGAAACUUGUUGCAAAUGUAGUUAACGGGAGUGUGAUAGAAACUCUUGUGAUUCGUUCGGGUGAUCUUGUUCAAGUUGUGGCUAAGGAAGUUCUGUUUCCUUCUGAUGGUGUAAAUGGAAAUGUAGCUAGUGAUCACGUAGAAGCUGUUGCUGUCAAAGUUCAUUGUUUUGAGAGUUUCGAUAGUGAGGCCAAGGAAUCUAACAAGUAUGGUGUGGAUAAAAAGAAGAUUAACGACAACAGGAAUUCAGCCAAAAGCAAGAUCAUUUCUGCUGAUGGUUUUGUGCCAAGAAAAGCUGGGAAGGAGCUUGAUGGAAGAAAAGUUUCACAUCGAUCAGAAAUUGCUACAAAAGUUGAACUCCCGAAGCAAGAUGUGGUAGACGUUUCAAAGAGCUUUCCUGAUGCCUCAGUUUCUGGAAGACAGAUUGUAGAUGAAAGAUCACAAGGGGAGCAUGAUCAUCACAAACAAAAGUUUCAACUUGAAAGGGAGAUGAAUGAUGAUGAAGUUCAAAGCUCAAGCUCAAUCUCGAGCUUGUGUCUUUCUGAAGCAAAGGCUAGUGAGGAAGGACAACAAACAAGGAAACUGUUACCUAAUGGAGUAUUUUGUAGAAAUUCUCCCUGUUCAAGUAUAUCAACUGUUACCAGCCCUCGUGUUGAGGUGACUCAGGAAUCACAUUCUGGUGCCUUAUCUACUUCAGCAGAGCUGGUCACUCCACAAAGUUUAGAAUCCACUAGAACCUCUAAGGAUUUCAAGCUCAAUCCUGGAGCAAAAAUCUUCUGUCCGUCUUUUGCAACUCCAAUAUCAGCCAAUACAGCAGCACCUGCAGUUUCAAGCAUGGCUUAUGUACCAGGAAACUCUCCUAUGGUACCUGCUGUUGCUGUUUCUGCUCGGCCAGAAGUUGGAAUUAGCCCUUUUGUUGCUCGGCCAGAAGUCGGAAUUAGCCCUUUUGUUGCUCGGCCAGAGGUCGGAAUUAGCUCUUUUGUUGCUCGGCCAGAGGUCGGAAUUAGCCCUUUUGUUGCUCGGCCAGAAGUCGGAAUUAGCCCUUUUGUUGCUCGGCCAGAAGUUGGAAUUGGCCCUUUUGUUGCUCGGCCAUCAGUCACUGCUAAGUUUAAUCCAUACGCUAACUUGACAACUGUAAAUGGAGGCCAUGGUCCUCAAUUUUCACAACAGGUUGUUGCCCACAUGGGGAACAGGACACAGCAGCUUAGGUAUGCUGGUCAAUAUCAUGCUGUACAGGCUGCACCGGCAUAUGUGCCUCCAAAUUCUCAAGCAGUUAUGAUUGGAAGACUUGGGCAGGUUGUCUAUAUGCAGCCAAUUCCUCAUGAUUUGGUACACAGUACAGCUAGUAUCUCACCUGUAUCUGCACGUCCUCUGUUGACUCCGCAUCAUGUUCAAUAUCCUAAGCACCAAGGAAGUGCAGCAGGCCACGCUUCGCCAAUAUGUGCACCUCCGCCCUUAAUGGCGGGUGUCCAGCAACCAUUUGCAAUGCCAAACCACAUUCCUCUUCUGCAACCUCAUAUUCCUGCUAAUUGCCCCAUUCCAGUCCCAGGAUGUAAUGGUUUCUUCGCCACCAAGUUCCAGUGAAUAUUUUUAUGUUUGCUAUAAAUUCGUGAUUUUUUCCUUGAACAAUAAAAUUUUGAUCCAUAGGUUUCUUGAAAUAAUAUGUAGUAGAUGAAACUCGAGUUCUAUCAGCAGUAUACGGGGCUAAGCUCUUCCUUUUUGUUUUUCUGUAAAGCAGACAAACACCGACAAUGUUUUGAUAUAGAAUGCCAUUUGAAAGUUUCCAUUUUA